AUGGCUGACCCGCUGUCUGUUGCUGGAACAGCGGUGGGCAUUGUCUCGCUUGGGAUCGUCGUUACAAAAGGGCUGAUCGACUAUUAUAAAGCUUUUCGUGACUUGAAUGAUGAUGUCACUCAAACUUCGAGAAAGCUGUCGCACCUUUUAACCCUGCUCGAGAAGCUCCACACUCAGCUCGAAGAGCACCCAUCUCGCCUUGAAAAUCCUCGAGCCCUCAAUACGCUUCGGGAUUCCGCUGGAGACUGCAAGCAGCUCAUUGUAGAAUUUCAGUCAGAGCUCGACAAACUUCAGAAGCACCCGCAGUCUAAAACGAACAGUGCCCUUCGAUCCAUAGGCCGACGUCUUGCUUACCCUCUGCGGAAAAGCACGCUUCAGAAGCUUGAUGAGGGUGUUGAUGAGUUCGUGCUUUGCGCGUCCUUUGCGCUGCAGUUAAUGGUCCAAAGUGACACAGCAAAGGCUCGGAGCGAUAUUGACGACGUCAGGGACCUGUUGCAUCUUGUUCGGGCCACACAAGUGGCAUCCGACAUACGAGCCUGGCUCAAGGCUCCAGACCCGAGUUCCGAUUUCAACGAGAUUGCAAAGAAACGACACACCGAAACGGGUGUCUGGUUCGUUGAAGGAUUGGAGUUCAAGCAGUGGUUAGAGAAACCAUGCUCCUUCCUCUGGCUUGUCGGCUUCGCCGGCUGUGGCAAAUCUGUCUUGUGUUCUACUGUCAUUCAAUACACAUUUCGUCAUCGGUGUUCCAGGCACGAUGUUGGUCUCGCUUUCUUUUUCUUCGCCUUCGAUGAUCAGAGAAAAUGUACAGCUUCUUCAAUGCUACGUUCUCUGAUCUUACAGCUAUCAAGCCAGCUUGGUUAUGAAUGCAGUCCUCUCUUACGCCUCCGCAACAUCUACCAAGAGACAUGCCCACCGGACCAAGAGCUCAUACAGUGCCUUCAUGAGCUUGUACUUCAAUUUACUCAUGUGUAUAUUGCCCUGGAUGGUUUAGAUGAAAGCCCCAGAGAGACACAUCGAGAUGCUGUAUUAGAAACCUUGGCCCAAUUCCGCAAGUGGGCGGUGCCAGGGUUUCAUCUUAUCGUAACAAGUCGUGAUGCAGUUGAUAUUCGUGAAGGUCUAUCGGUUCUACCCGAGGAGAUUGUCAGAAUGAGAAAUACUUGCAUCGAUUCUGAUAUAACGCUGUUCAUCUCACAAACCCUGCGUGAUAGUCCAGGGCUCCAGAAAUGGAAAGAGCAUCAUCAUCAGAUAGAGCAAGUCCUCACUCAAAAGGCCCAGGGAGUGUUCCGAUGGGUCGAAUGUCAAUUCAGAGCAUUAUCUGUCUGUCCACAAAGCCAAGAUCUUCUUGAGAAGCUCCUUCAGUCAUUACCCCGAAACCUUGAAGACACGUACGAAGCAAUGCUCCGAAGCAUCCCACCGCACUGUGCUGACUACGCGCACCAAAUGCUGACUCUACUUUGCUGUGCAAUGAGGCCCUUGUCAGUAGAAGAACUAGUGGAUGGAAUGGCGAUCGAACUCGGUGACUCCCCGAGUUUCAAUUUGAAGCGAAGACUGAGCGGCGGUAGCGAUGCUAUUCAACUGAUUUGUCCUGGGUUUACACAGUUCGCUGUGGAUCUCGAAUCCCAUCUCACAACGGUGCGGAUCGCCCAUUUCUCCGUCCAGGAAUAUUUGCAGUCCGACCAACUUUCUCAAUCCAAAGACUUGUCCCACUUUGGUGUACGAAAACGGCAUGCCGAAGACCAAGUGACCUGCAUUUGCCUCACGAUGCUGCUUGAACCAACCCUAUCUAUAUCCCAGCAGGCCCUUGACUCUUUUUUCAGUCCUCGAAAAGCCAAUUAUCCAUUGGCCAGUUAUGCUGCACGCUAUUGGCCCCAUCAUUAUUCGGCCAGCCAUCAAGGUACAUCCACGAGCCGUCAAGUCUUGAGCCUUUUCAUGGGUAAUGAGUUUAAGAGAUGGGUUAAAAUCUGGGACAUUGAUAAUCUCAAUAGCGGCAACAGCGCUUAUCUAGAUGCCGGUCGACUCUAUUACGCUUCACGCCUUGGCCUGAUUGACGUGUGUCGUGAACUUAUGCGCCAAGAGGACAUGGCUCACAGCUACGAAGAUAGCAACGUCAAUUCCACGGCUGGCUAUUAUGGAACCGCAUUACAAGCGGCGUCAGUCCAGGGGCAUACCGAAAUCGUCCAGCUUCUUCUAGAAAACGGUGCAGAUGUCAACAUCAAGGCCGGGUAUUUUGGAACCGCUCUUCAAGCAGCAUCGACUCAAGGUAAUGUGGAGAUUGCACGGCUACUACUGUCUGUUGACAAAUAUAUCAACAACACAACACCCUACCAUGGGCAUGCCCUUCAAGCAGCUGCAGUAGAAGGCCAUUCUGAGAUUAUUUCAUUAUUCUUUCUGUACGGCAUUGAUGUUGACUUCGUAUGUGGGCAGUACGGAACCGCCUUACAAGCUGCCUCAGCCGAAGGAGACACGUGUGCUGUUCGAAUGCUUCUGGAACAUGGAGCGGAUAUAAACAAGCAAUCCGGUUACUUCGGAACAGCGCUCCAAGCAGCGUCAGCAAAAUGGAAUACCGAAACAGUCAAGUUAUUGCUUGCAAAAGGUGCUAAUGUCAAUUGCGAGGCCGGACAUUACGGCAGUGCACUGCAGGCAGCCUCAGUCCUAUCCUCGUUGGAGAUUGUUGGGCUCCUGCUUGACGCAAGAGCUCAUGUUGACCAUAUAUGUGGAUUCUACGGAACACCUCUUCAGGCAGCUUCUGGAGGAGGAAGAUUCAACAUCGUCAAACUGCUCAUUGAAAAGGGCGCCAAUGUCAACACCCAAGGUGGCUUGUUUGGGACUGCUCUUCAGGCAGCAUCGGCCAAUGGGCAUGCUGAUGUUGUCCAAUUACUUCUUGAUCAAAAUGCGCGAAUUGAUAUUGAGGGUGGUCAUUACGGAAGUGCCCUUCGAGGAGCCUUAGAAAAGGGAAAUAGUGAUAUUGCCACGCUUUUAUCCGACAAACAAGCCCAUGAGUUGGGACAUGAAACAUCAAAGGUUGACCCGGGAGAAAAGUUUUCCGAAUUAGGUAGCUGCCACAUCGACACAAGCGAGGCCGAAACGUAUGCUUACACCCGCGCUUACACAUAUUACGAUUACACACCACCCGAUGAAACACAGGUCGAUAGGCUCGAUCCGUACGGUUCUUGGGAAACGAGCCCAUCCGAACAUGAAAUUAGGCUUUCAGCAGGAGAAACGGGUAGCGGAUAUUUCAUGCAAAACCCGUGCUGA